UUAUUUUAACCUAAUAAAUGAGAAUAAUUAACCAAGCGAACGUGGAGUAUUAGCCAAUGUUAUUCAGUGUUCCAUGUGUCACAUAAGUUGUUGUGAUUAAUCUGUAGAGUGCUAAAGUAAAUAUUUAUGGAAUAAAUAUGUGAAUGUGUACAGAAAUUAAAUUAGUUAUUUAACAAAUUUCUAAAAGUAAGAAUGGCUAAAAUCAAUAAUCCAGAGGUAUUAUAUAGGCAUUUCUGUAAAACAGCAUCGAAUAUCAUUACUCAUUUUGACAAAGAUGAGAGAGAUAAUAUCUUAAAAGAUUUAAAAGAAAUUGUUACUAAUAACUGUAUCUGUGAUCAACGAAUAAUAAAACUUAAUGAAACAAUAAAGGAUUUAGUCGUUGAUAUCGAUAAUAGUGAUACAGAUCACACGAUGAAGGAAUUUAAGAAACAACGUAAUAAAAUGCUUGCAUAUAAACCGGACAUAACAAAUCAUCAAAAACUAAAACAAUAUUUUAACGAAGUAGAAGAAUUAAUCAAAGCCGAGGAUGAUGUAAUACAUAAUCAAUUGAACGACGAUGAUAUACAAAUAACAGAAAAUGAUAUUAAUAUUAUCGAUCCAUUUACAAAGAAACGUAUGAUCGAUCCGGUUAAAAAUAAAAUUUGUGGUCAUGUCUACGAUCGUGAAAGUACUAUUUAUAUUCUACAGAUCAAAAAAGAUACAAGGUGUCCAGUUAUAGGGUGUAUUAAUAAGCAGUUCAUUCUUGAGGAAAAUUUGGUAUCCGAUGUCAUUACAAGAAAAUACUUGCAAAAACAUCCGACUUGAACUUCCCAUAUUCUACUUAUUAUUUCCAUCUUCAUUAUUUGUAAAAAUAAAAAUUGAUACGGAUAUUUGAGUAGAGAGUAAAAAUUUACCUAUAAAAAAAUUACUUAUAAUUGAA